CCCAAAGCUGCUCUGGGCACCCCAGGUCCUCCCUCCCCACCCAGGCGCCUGCAGCUGACCUCUGACUCCUGACCUCUGGCCCCACCUGCCCGCCCUGAGCUGCCCUGGGUCAGGGGACCUGGUGGUCACGCACCCAGAGGGCGAAGGCCACGCGGGCUCGGCUCUCGCCCCGCCGGGCCCAGCAUGGCGCGGCGGCUGCAGGAUGAGCUGGCCGCCUUCUUCUUCGAGUACGACACCCCCCGCAUGGUGCUCGUGCGCAACAAGAAGGUGGGCAUCAUCUUCCGGCUGAUCCAGCUCGUGGUUCUGGUCUACGUGAUCGGGUGGGUCUUUUUCUAUGAGAAGGGCUACCAGACCUCGAGCGGCCUCAUCAGCAGCGUGUCUGUGAAACUCAAGGGCCUGGCUGUGACGCAGCUGCCGGGCCUGGGCCCCCAGGUCUGGGACGUGGCUGACUACGUCUUCCCAGCCCAGGGGGACAGCUCCUUCGUGGUCAUGACCAAUUUCAUCGUGACCCCCCAUCAGGCCCAAGGCUACUGUGCAGAGCAUCCGGAAGGGGGCAUCUGCAAGGACGACAGUGGCUGCACUCCAGGGAAGGCGGAAAGGAAGGCCCAAGGCAUCCGCACAGGCAAGUGUGUGGCCUUCAAUAACACCGUGAAGACGUGUGAGAUCUUUGGCUGGUGCCCCGUGGAAGUAGAUGAUAGCGUCCCACGCCCUGCCCUUCUCCGAGAGGCCGAGAACUUCACUCUCUUCAUCAAGAACAGCAUCAGCUUUCCACGCUUCAGGGCCAACAGGAGCAACCUGGUGGAGGAGGUGGACGCCAAAUACCUGAAGAAGUGCCUCUUCCACAAGAUCUCUCACCCGCUGUGCCCUAUCUUCAAUCUCGGCUAUGUGGCGCGGGAGUCGGGGCAGAGUUUCAGCACCCUGGCCGAGACGGGUGGGGCGAUAGGCAUCACCAUCGACUGGAACUGCGACCUGGACUGGCAUUUGUGGCACUGCAAGCCCGUCUACAAUUUCCACGGGCUCAAUGAAGAGAAGAACCUGUCUCAAGGCUUCAACUUCAGGUUUGCCAAGUACUUCGUGGAGAAUGGGACCGACCGCCGGCAUCUCUUCAAGGUGUUUGGGAUUCGCUUCGACAUCCUCGUGGACGGCAAGGCUGGGAAGUUUGACAUCAUCCCCACAAUGACUACCAUCGGCUCCGGGAUUGGCAUCUUCGGGGUGGCCACGGUUCUCUGUGACCUGCUGCUGCUCCACAUCCUGCCCAAGAGGCACUACUACAAGCAGAAGAAGUUCAAGUACGCGGAGGACAUGGGGCCCGAGGCGCGGGAGCGGGACCCCGCGGCCACCAGCUCCACCCUGGGCCUGCAGGAGAACAUGAAGACGUCCUGACCUCAGCCCCCGCUCCUGACUGGACGCAGCCUGAGGCUUUGGGCGGGGCCCUGGUGGAGGGGUCCCAGCCAGGGUCGAGGGGUCUCCUCUGGGGCUCGCCUGCCCUCCCAGCCAGAAAGACACCAGUGUGCCAGCAGCUCAGGGCGGACGCCGGGAGAGACCUGCGCAACUCUGAGCUUUGGCUCCAACUCUGCACCCCGCCAAGCGCACCUCACCCAGCCUCAGCCUCCCCGGGCGCGGAGGAGGUGCUGGUGCUGGGCGGCCCUCGCACACUCCUCAGCUGGAGCUUCGUGCUUCUCUCUCUGGGUCCACCCAUCCCACUCUCUAGGCCCGUGCUCUCCCAUACGACACCCACUAGCCACCGUGACUAUUUAAAAUUAAAUGAAUUAAAAUGGAAUAAAGUAAAAAGCAGUUCCUCAGACCAGCCACAGUAUAACCACCAAGGAGACACGGGGCGGUGGCUGCCGUCUGAGACAGUGCGGACAUUUCAGCACCACAGAGAGUUCUCUGGGACAGCCCGGUUUCUCGCGGGCUCGGGCUUCCGUGGGGAGCUUAUCCACCAUGCAGGCCCCUGGCCCACCCCAGACCCCCUGCACUGGGAUCUGCGAGGCGAGCAAACUCCCCAGGCCAUUUUGAGGACCUUCGUUAAAAGUUUCCUGAUCAGGUAUCAGACUUAGCCUGGGCCUGCAGCGCCUGGCAGGUGCCGGUAGUGAGCAGGUGUGUGGUGUGCUCACAAGCCCCACAGUGUGUCGUGCACGCGCCUUCAUGUGCACACUCACCUGAAUGCACACCCCUUCUACCCCCACUGUGUAUUUGAACAGCUUGGGCCUUGCAAACACAACCAUCUGAUCACACCCACACCCCCAAGCACAGACACCUGGUCCAUACCAUGUCACCUCCGUGGGACACGCUUCUCCCACAUGUGUCAGGCCAGGACAGCCCUUCGGCCAUGAAUCCUUACUCAGCUACCUCUGGCCAGGUGGGAGCCUUGGCCAAACUCGGGGCUCCCUGCCUGUGGCCCAGCCCCAGCCCCCAAGGCCUGCCCGGCUCUGUCUGAACACCAGGUCUGGGGAAAGCGAGGGGUGAGUACAAUAAAAGGAAUGAGGACAAACCUCUGCCUCUGUACUUUCUUCUCAGCCUCUCUGAAACCCAUCCGUGCACUGUGGGUUGAGCUGAGUGACCUUUGAGGUCCUUCUGGAUCUGUCGGUGGGUGGCGGUGAGCUGACGCUUUGCCCUGAGACCAGCAGGGUCAGUGCUGGGGGAUAGCUCACCUCUAUCCACGGUCCACUGUCCUGGCAGAGCCCUGAACAUUGGAGCUCUUCCCAACCUCCACACACCCCUCCCAUGCAGAGGAGGCCUGGCACUGGGACAAGCAGAGAACCAGUCUCAGGAGGAGCCUCAGGAAAGCGGAGGUGAGGAGGGGGUGGCUGCCCCAAGAGGGAGGCCUGGGGAACCCCAAAGAGGGGAGGAAGGUCAUGAGUGAAGACAGUGUGGAAGGAUUCUCCAGGGCCCUGCUGUGGGCAUGACCACUCGUCUGAACUUAGAACCACGCAGGGUCUCUGGGCACCCCAUCACCGUGCUUUGUCUAGACCACAGCCCGAUGCAGUAGUCACCAACCACAUGUGGCCACUGAGGACUUAAAAUGAGGCCAGUGCAACCAAGGAAUGGAAUGUUUUAUUUUAUCCACUUGUAAUGCAUGGAAAUCACCACCCAUGGCUAGUGGCUACCACAUUGGACAGGCUCGCAGGCCCUUGGCCUUCUGCCCUCUUCCCCAGCCAGGAACCAUACUUCAGAUUUCAUAACCCCAGGAACUCCCUCUUCUUUCCUCUCUUCCUUCUCCAGCCCCACCUGCUUCUGCACCUCCUGCCCCCUUCCCUCCCAAAUGAGUAGAGGAUUCCAACUUUGUAUCCAACCC